AUGUUUCCCCCCUUUAAUUUCUUUAUGUUGGUUUUGUUUUGCUAAAGUGCCUCAAGUAGCUACAUUUCAAUGCACUAAAAUGAAAGUUCUGUUUUUCUGAGGAUGAAUGGAUCAGUGGGUGCGUCUACACUGAUGCUGUGAAUCCUGCCAGUGUCGAGUCUCCAUCAUCAUCUUCAUCACUGCAGUAAGAAGCAGCAGCAGCAUCACUGCUCGGAGUCACAGCAUCACCGGACAUCUUCACUGCGAGCCUCUCUGCCAUUAUAUCUGCAUCACAGCUGAAACACGGGACGGAUCGAGCCUCCACAGGAGAAGCAGCGGACAUACACAAGUUUCCCCGCGAUGGUGCCUUUAUUUUUGUUCCUGCUCGUCCGCAUUGGCGCGUCCAUCCCACAUCCGACAUCCGCGGGUGAAGUAUGUGAACCGGUUCCGUGUGAGAACGGUGGUGACUGUCCCAGUACACCGGCUGAUGAAAGUGUUACCUCUUCAGGAUGGGAAGAACGGUCUGUAAUUGGGCCCUGCCGCCCAAACCCGUGUCACAACCAAGGGGUGUGUGAACUCAGCGAGACGUACCGCGGCGACACUUUUGUUGGAUAUCUGUGCAGGUGUCCACUUGGCUUCGAUGGUGUCCACUGCCAACACAAUGUUAACGAGUGUGAGAAAAAUCCAUGCAAAAAUGGAGGCAGCUGCACAGACCUGCGAGCAAACUACACCUGCCAGUGUCCCGGCGAAUACAUGGGGCGGAACUGUCAGUACAAAUGUUCUGGACCUUUAGGGAUGGAAGGAGGGAUCAUUUCGAACCAGCAGGUAACAGCUUCUUCCACACAUCGAGCUCUGUUCGGCCUGCAGAAGUGGUUUCCUUACUUUGCCCGACUCAACAAGAAGGGCCUCGUCAAUGCCUGGAGCGCAGCUGAGGGUGACCGAUAUCCAUGGAUUCAGAUAAAUCUACAGCGGAGGAUGAGGGUGACCGGACUGAUAACACAGGGCGCCAAGCGAAUCGGAAGCCCAGAGUACGUGAAAUCAUAUAAAGUGGCGUACAGCGACGACGGGAAGGCCUGGAGCAUGUUUAAAGUCAAGGACACGGAUGAGGACGUGAUUUUCACCGGAAAUACUGAUAAUAAUUCCCCCUCGGCUAACUCCUUCAGCCCACCAAUCGAAGCGCAGUACAUCCGCAUUUACCCCCAAGUCUGCAGGAAACACUGCACACUGCGAAUGGAGCUCCUGGGCUGUGAGCUCACAGGUCUGUCUUUUGAAGCGUGCAGUAUAUUCAUUGCCAACAGUGUCAUGAGAAUUAUGUUCACUCUUGCGAUUGUUUUUUCAGGAUGCUCAGAGCCCAUAGGGAUGAAAACCGGACACAUCCAGGACUAUCAAAUCACCUCCUCCAGUGUGUUUCAGACCCUGAACAUGGACAUGUUCUCCUGGGAACCCUCCAAGGCCAGACUGGACAAACAGGGCAAGGUCAACGCAUGGACAUCAGCCCACAGUGACCAAUCCCAGUGGCUGCAGGUGGAUUUGCUGAUUACCACCAAAAUCACAGGAAUUAUCACCCAAGGAGCCAAAGAUUUCGGGCAUGUGCAGUUUGUCGGCUCCUAUAAAGUGGCGUUCAGUAAUGAUGGAGAGAAAUGGUUCAUAUAUCAGGACGAAAAACAACAGAAGGAUAAGAUUUUCCAAGGAAACUUUGACAACGAAACACACAGAAAGAACGUGUUAGAUCCGCCGAUCUACGCUCGGUUCAUCCGGAUUCUUCCGUGGUCGUGGUACGGACGCAUCACUAUGAGGGUGGAGCUUCUGGGGUGUCCGGAGGAGCUGUGAAACUGUGGCACACUUUAUGACGGACUGUGUAAAAAUAACAUUUCUAAUGGUGAUCUUUCUGAUUCGGGAAAUGAGAACUCGAUGAUUGUGAUGACUUGGAAUGGAUUUUUUUUUUUCGCUCUGGAAAUUGCCAGAACUUAUGAUGCUUUUUAAAUGUCACUAUCACAGUACAUCUGACUGCUUUAUUUCAGAGUAUCAUCAGAAAUAGGUUAAUUGAAUUCACUCAGGUCAAAGGUCACAUCCUAGAAUAGUUCAAGUGUAUGAUUUCAGCAUUUAAGGAGGAGGUGAGAACUGUCGUUGCUAUUCUUAUGAAUUUAUGUAUAUUAACUACUAAAUGGUGUCAUUUGUAAUUUAUUAAAAUUCUAUCAAAGCAAAAUCGAUGAAUGAAAAGUAUAUGAGAGUGGGGUAAACUGUGCCGCUUGUAUUGCGUGCAAUGAUACAGACUUAAGACUAAAGGCUCUUUCACACCAAGAAUGAUAACUAUAUCGAUAACUAUAAUAGCAUCCACACAAUGCAUAAUUUAGAAUGAUUUUAUAACUAUAUUUUCAUUGUUAUCAUUAUAGUUAUUCUUGCAAUUUGAAUAAAUGCAAAAGUUUGUGCUAAAACUGUGCAUUCCAAAUGGAUAUUUCAAUAUGAAUAGAUUUACUUUUCAAGUAAAAUAAAUAUGAAUAUAAAUGAGAAAGAACAAUUUCCUAAUACAAAAUUGCAUUUUCACAAACCAGCUCCAAAAGGGUUAAUAUUUUAAAUAUUUGUACAGCUUGCCUAAAAAAAUGACGCAGUUUGUUAUAUUAAGGGGGUGACACAUCUUACCCCACUCUCUCCUAUAUACAUCUGCAGGUAGAAUUACUUUAACACGACGUAGCGUUCAGUAUUUCAGAUAUAUCCAAACUCAACAGAAACAACUUAAAGUUAACAUGAAAUCAAAAUUAAAUGAGUUAAUUUUUGUACCAUUUCAAUCAAAAAAUGUCAGAAUACAGAAAUGAAAUUGUAUUUACACUGAGUUUCAUGUUGACUUUAACUUGAUUAAGUGAGAACAAGCCAGCAAAUGGUUUCUUUCGUUCCUUCUUUUGUAGUGUUUUUUGAAAACCUGUAAAUACAAUACAGUAUAAAGCAAGAGCAGUUUGGUAUAAUCAUAUCUAUACUAGCUUUCUAUUUCUUCAUUGCUGUAUUCCUCACUGGACAUUUAUUAAACAGACCUGAUUAUACUGUACUAUAGUAUUACUGAACUCUUAAUGGUCAUUUUAACAAUAAAAAUCAAACUGUG